GCUCCUCCCGGUUUUACCUCGGUGUUUUAGAGCAGAGCAGCCCGUCUGCUGGGAGAGAGACGGAGGAAAAGUUAGUCAAGAUGGCAAAUCCCACAGACCCGGAGUGAAGGGGCACCGCUCCCCGAAAAGCUGAGCCUGUCGCCCGUCCUGAGACAAACCCAGCGAUGCUAACUGCGCCGGCCUAAGAGGGAUUCCCUGAAGAAAAAUGCCAGUGAGGCUGAAGCUGAUGUGACACAGCUUGUGCUGGAAGAAAGCUGACUCAUCAAAUAUCAAUCCCUCUGAGAGGGACUAAGCAGCCGAGAGCAGCUCAUAUCACCUAAUGCCUUGCUAGAAGAGAAGAGCACCUCACGCCCCCCUCGAGAUUAUCAGACAAGGAGAAGGCGGUGCAGAAACCCCUCCAGCAGGAAUAUAUCCAACAUCAGCUGUGGGUGAAACACAUUUUUGGCAUCAGCCUGACAGAGACUGCUGUCCUGCUGUCCCAACUAAUAAUGACACAGCUAAGAAUACAGCGCUUCAGCUGAACUUCACUGACAGACCUCCCUCGCCACGUGUGCCAACUACCACCCUUCAUUAAUUUAACCUAAACCUUCGGUGUAAAGCUAAGUGAGGGCUUCACUCCCUGCGCCUCCCAGCCCAGCCCGGCACCGCCACAGUCAGCCCGCCUCCAUCCCGCCUCGCAGACCAUGAUGUUUCGUGAUCAGGUGGGCGUGCUAGCCAGCUGGUUCAAGGGGUGGAACGAGUGCGAGCAGACGGUGGCUCUGCUGUCCCUGCUGAAGAGGGUGAGCCGGACCCAGGCCCGCUUCCUGCAGCUCUGUCUGGAGCACUCCCUGGCCGAGUGCACCGAGCUGCAGGUCCUGGAGGGAGAGGCCAACAAUCCAGGGAUAAUCAGCCAGUGGCAAGUUGAGCCGAAGGAGCGCGUCAUCUCACUCGUCCUCACCCAUCUCCCACUGCUCAAACCCGGCAACGUUGAAGCCAAGGGCGAGUACAUGCGGCUGCUGCCACGCAUCCUGGCCCACACCAUCGAGCAUGGCCACCACCUGGAGGAGUCCCGCCAGCUCCUGUCCUACGCCCUCAUCCACCCCGCCACCUCCCUGGAGGACCGCGCUGCCCUGGCGCUCUGGCUGAACCACCUGGAGGAGAGGGCCGCUGCACGGGGAGACUCCCUGGAAAGGCCUCCUCCUUCCGGACCGCACCACCACCACCAUCAGUCCACGCCUCCAUCCACCCUCAGCUCAUCAGGUUCCUCCUCCUCCACUAACACUUCUUCGUCGGGCAAUCCGUACUCCUUGCAUCACCACCAGCGCUAUGGCUCAGACGACCGCCUCAAUGGGUGGCAGAGCUCCAGGGACUCAGGGAUGGGUGGAGGCUGGCAUCAGCAGCAGCAGGGCUGUGAGAACGGGCACCUUCUGCUCUACCCAUCAUCCUCUGUGCCGGCAACCAUCAACACAGUUGGGACGGGUGGAGGCAGUAACGCCAUCCUGACCAGUGGAAGUGGCAGCCAGCAGCACAGUCCCCUAAAGCGCUCCGUGUCCCUCACGCCUCCCAUGAGCGGCCCCAGCAACCAGCCUCUGGGCCACGUCUGGUUGUCCCAGGAGGACCUGAGGACCGCCAGAGGCCCAGCUCCGGACCACGCACCGCUCUCCCCCCAGAGCAGCAUCGCCUCCUCCGGCAGUGGAGGCAGCGAGCACCUGGAGGACGCCGGCUUAGGAGGAGGUUCAGGUCUCCAUCGCAGCUCCUUCCACGAGGAGGGCAGUGGUAUGAGGGAUGUUCCUGCUUGGCUGAAGAGUCUCCGCCUCCAUAAAUACGCCGCUCUGUUCUCCACAAUGACCUACGACGAGAUGAUGUCACUGACCGAAGAACAACUUGAGGCACAGAAAGUCACUAAAGGAGCAAGACACAAGAUUGUUAUCAGCAUUCAGAAGCUCAAAGAGAGGCAGAACCUACUUCGCAGCCUGGAAAAGGAUGUGUUAGGGGGCAGCAAUCUGCGCGCCCCGCUGCAGGAGCUCCACCAGAUGAUCAUGACUCCCAUCAAGGCUGUCAGCGGCAGCGAGGAGGCCUCCCUGCAGCGCCCCCUGCUGAGCCCCGAGGGCAAGAGCGCCGCGCCCGGCUCCCACCUAACAGGGGGAGGCGGAGGGGAGGCCGAGUCUGGCACGAGCGUCAUCGCCGAGGGGGAUCUGCCUGGUCAGUUCACUCGUGUCAUGGGCAAAGUUUGUACCCAACUACUGGUGUCAAGGUCAGACGAGGACAACAUCAGCUCCUACCUACAACUCAUCGACAAGUGCCUUAUCCAUGAGUCCUUCACCGAGACGCAGAAGAAGAGGCUGUUGUCAUGGAAACAGCAGGUCCAGAGGCUGUUCCGGUCCAUUCCGAGGAAAACUCUCCUUGACAUAGCAGGGUACCGACCGCAGAGGAGCCGUUUUGGCCAGUCCAACUCUCUCCCUACCACUGGCUGUGUUGGGGGCAGCGUGUCGGCCAGGAGGAGCCUUCACCAGUUCCAGAUGCCCUCCAGGAGCUUGCCGGGUGCCAGGCUGGGCCUGCUGGGCAGCGGGGGGCUGCUGGGACCGACACCUCGCAGCUCCAGCAGCACACCCACCGGUCCCAAGCAGGGGAGACAUGGUCCGUGGUUCGCCAACCCCGGAGGAAGCAACAGCAUGCCCAGUCGGACCCACAGCUCCGUGCAGAGGACCCGCUCGCUGCCGGUUCACACCACGCCACAGACCAUGGUCAUGUUCCAGCAAAGCGAUCUUCAGCUGCCGGUGACGGAGCCAGACAUCAACAAUCGCCUUGAGUCUCUGUGUUUGAGUAUGACAGAGCACGCUUUGGGAGACGGUGCCGACCGCACAUCAACGAUAUGAAACGAGGAUCUGGGUGAGAGCAGCAGGACAGCGCCGGUUCACGAGGCUCUCCCACGAUAAGUCACCUCGAGGUCACCAGCCCUCCCGUCCCCUCUCCCUGUAGCCGAUGGUAGAGCUCAACCAAAGGACCGGGCGGGAUCCAAGACACACCAGAGGGCCGAUCACCAAACGGCUAACACAAGCUAACACAUUGGCACCGUCCAUCGGGUUGGAAAAACACACCUCCUGCUCCGCCAGCAUGCUCACGGUCACCUGGGCGAGGGGAGCAAAAAAUGAAAAAGCCUGGACAGCGUGCGAAACAGCGCUCCCCCCUCCGAGGAGGCCGGAAGCAGCGCUGCAACCGAAGGGAGACGCUGGCCGGUGGAUCAGGGCUCAGUGAGGCUGAGGCCCCCCUCACUCUCCGACACCGUCUGGUCCCCGCACAUUGACCACAGCUCGUGGCAUCCUUCAAACCCAUAACAGUACCUCAGACCCCAAAACGAGACGAGACAAGCAGAGCCACGAGGAUGCACAAGGAACGUUUGGGAUUUCCUGGACUGCGAGGACUGAGUGAGAGGACUGAGUGUCCAGGAGGACGCUUGUAGAGCUCAGUAUUGGGUGGCAAAACAAACAUUUAUUUGUAUUGUGUGUAUUUAUUGUUUACAUUAUGAUGCUACUUUCAGAGGGUACAGAAACAUGUUUGAAUUUCAGGUAUGACUUGUGUGAUUUUUCUGUAAAGCAACGUGGCUGUCUACAAGCUUUACGCCCCCACGAGUAGCCAUCACACUAGUUUACAACUAACGUGCUUAUUCUUUAUUUUGGUGUGCGCCCCGAACGUUUAUCGAGACAAAGAGUGCGAGAGGUUAGAGCAGAUAGACGAGGACGUGGAGAAAGACUCGGAAAGUGGUAGAAGGAAGAACGGAGCUGAGGUGAUAUCGGGAAAGGGAAGCGGAUGUUUGAAUGAGAAAGACAUCAGAGGCAGGACCUUUGAUGGGCCGAAGAUGACGGAGGGAGGUGAUGUCAUGUCUAAUCGCAGUGGAGGAAGUGAAUUUGGCACCGCUCGGUCACACAUUGUUCAUCCACAGCAUGUACUGUAUGGACUCUUUGAAUUCAGAGCCUUCACGGGCGCAGAAAAUGUUUUUUUUUAUAUAAUGGGAGAUUAAUAGUGGGAUCUGUCUGCAUGUUCAGAUACUGGGUUUUCUAAAGCAGGGUGAUACGCUAACGGCUGCAUGUUACAACUAGAUAUCUGUCUUGGAGAGGAGGAAGAUUGUGGAGUGGAGACGAUGGCAGGAGAAGCAGGAGGUGGAUUUGGUUUCCACUCAGACCGUGUUGCAACAUUGGAAAAAAAACACACACACACUGUCAAUCCAUGAAGGGUAGUUUUCCCAGAGAUUGUCUCUUUAGCGCUUACCUCCACCUGCUGGCCGAACGCAGUCAUGGCAGGACAGAUGCUGAAGUCCUCGGAGACUCAGGCAGGCACAGAAAUGACUUGAGGAAACAUCAGAGCUGCAGCAGCUUGGUUUCCCUCACAGGCUGUCUGUGUAUCUCGUUCUUCAGUCUGUUCUGUCAGCGCCGGCCUACAUGGAAUUUAUUUUCUUUGUUUUUCAUUCUGAAUCUCAUGGUUAUUCUGUGUCUUAAUAUUUAUCCUCCGUUUUUUUUGGGACUUUAUAAGAGUAGGUUUAUAUUGAAAUAAGCUGGUUAGUUACUCCCCGCUGUGCCGCGCUCGACCGAGCAUGCGAGUCUGAACGGACGUCGUUGAGGAUUAUCGAUUAUUAUUGUUGUUUAGUUUCUUCAUUAGUUUUUUUUUUGCAAUUUCUGUAGUUCUUCCUUUGUAUCCUGCACUUGAUAUGAUAAUGUGAUACACUAAAAAAAUCCAAACGUUGGAGGCUCGAGCUGCAGCUGAGGAGGUCGACACUCGCUCUGUAGAGCUGCAGACUCCACAGCAGAGACGAAGGCGUGAUUUCUGUUUGUCUGGAGGCGGAUGUCGGCGUAGCAAACGGUCUCUUGUACGUCGGCUGAGUCCUUUCACACGGUUAAAGGACGAUAACGGUGUUUGUGCAUGUCUUACUUCAUUUACUUUGAGUUACACAUGCUUGACAUUGCUGUUGUUUUGAUGUUUUUACAACCUUCCAGGCAAACACGAGUUCCCUUUUUUACGAUGGCCUUAACUUCUUUAGUCCAAACACUUCAAAGUUAAUGCAUCACAGAAGAGUAAAUCUAGUUUGUCUCGUUUGUUUGACAGUGCAGAUCAGAGCUGUUAUUGAUUAAUCUGCCAACUAUUCCUUCAGUGAUUUAAAAUUUAAAUUUAUUAAAGUCCUCUUCAGCCGCUGAGCCUAAAAUCUGACCUCCACGUAGCUCGAGCACACCAGCUCACCUACAACUGCUUUACACAAUGACGAGUUGUAAUAUUGAGUAAUUCAGCCAAAGAUGUUUGAAGAAUAACAGCAGACUGGCCGGUUUGGUUCUUCAGGUUAGUUCUGUUUGAAACCUUGGAAGUCUGAAUCUGUGAUUUUGAGACUAGCAUCAGUUCACUGCAGUUUGAAGGUGGAAGUGCUCAGCCAUGGCAUAGAAGAACAUCAUAUGUAUAAGUUAUAUGAGGUAAAUAAUAAUGAUAAUUGACCUCAUACCUCACCAGAGGGGGUCUUUAAAGGCAUUUAUAAUUUUUCAGAGCUUAAUGUGACUUCCUCAAUGUCCCCGUUUUAUCCAAACAUUCACAGUUUUUCUUGCAAAUAUCACAAAGAAAAGCAAACGUUUCAGUUCACUGGCUGUCAGAAUAGUUGCAGAUUAAUUGAUUGAACUCAUCGACUGGUUGCUCCAGCUUUGGUCAACCAGAGAAAUCACUGCACAGUCUGGACAAAACAUGUUACAGAAAUCUAAAACACUACAGAACUCUUGACAAAGAGGCAGCAGAGAUGUGUGUGACUCGCAUUAAAGGAACAAAAACAUGCAGAAAUCCUGUUACGGUCCCUCAUUCUGGCUCUGAGAAGCCUUUCUGGAGAACAAACCGCCGUCUUCGUCGGCUUAAAGCGGCUUCAGAUCCGGAGAUGGCGGCUCGAAUUUUUGGCUGCAGACAAAGUGUGCGUCUGUAGUUUUACAGCAGCGACUACAUGAACACUGUCGCCUCUGUGUUUUGAGUUUGUGUCUUUGAGAGCCAGUCAGACGUCACCUGCACGUUUGUGAAUUCCACCAAAGCAUGAAUGUGACGUGAACCCUGUUAAUCCCGAGUGGUUAAACUGAUGUUACACCUUCGACAGACUUGUGUUUUUGUUGUUUUUGCUGAUGCUCGUCGCUGACGAAGCAUCAGGAUCUCAUCAUAUUCAGACUCUUUCAGUGUCACUGCCAUAUGAAUCAGUACUUAAAGUAGACGCAAUUAUUUAUUCUGUUUUUUUCAUAAUUUUUGCAGAGGUGAUACUGAUCAUUUAGGUGUAUUAUUAUUUAAAGUACCAUAUGUAUUAACAUGUUAUGGCUGGUGACCAUACGUACAUCUCAAAUAUUAACAUAGUUAUUGUUGACUGACUGUUUUUCUUGUAUUUUUUUUUUGUUGUUGUUGUUUUUGUUGUUGCUGUUGUUGUUGAACUAUAAUCUCGUUUGUAUCUAUCGGUGUCAUGUUGAGAUUUUUCUCAUUUGGACUGUCGGAGAGCAGAUCCGUCACAGAUUCAUGUUCGGUUACAAAAGUCACGUCGGGCGUCACGUCAGCAGUCCAACAGCGAUGUAGUCUUUUCAGGAAGUAGACGGAUGUUAGGCGAGAUUAGGAUUUAAGAUCUGUGAACUUGGUGCUGUGGGCGUUUCAUGACCCAACGCUGGUCCUGUGUGGGAGAGGCUUGUAGGUUUAUGUGUAUGUUGCCUUAAAGGAUAAGUUUGGCAUUAUUCUAUACUUUUUUUCUAAAUGUUAAAGAGCCCAUAUUCUGCUUUUUUUGUUUCGCCCUUUUCUUUAGUUUUUUUGUGCAUGUAAAAUCUACUUCAGUUAUUCUCUCUGUUCCUUUAGUCGCCUUAAAUGCCCCGUCUGAAGUCUUGUCCUGUUACUUAUCGACAUCAUCAUGUCACACAUUUGCCUGACUGGCGGCUAGUUUGCUCCUUCAAAACACAGAAAAAGCAGCUGUCUCGCAUUCUGUCCUCGCUGGAGCUGCUUCCACUCGAGCUACAUUAAAGUACUUAGGUGUGACUAAACAACACUUCCUGGCUGCUGACCAAUCAAGAGGGCUCCUCAGGAGGCGGGGCUUAAAGAGACAGGAGCUAAAAUGAAAGCGUUUCAGACAGAUGUUGAGUAGAGGCGCUGCAGAAAUGUACAAUAUGAAAAAAACUGUGUUUUUGAACAUUAAAGCGUGUGACCGUAUUCUAGUAGGUCCACAAAAAUUAAAAAGUAAAAACCUGUAAAUGUGCAAAAUAUGGGCUCUUUAACGAAUCCCAUGAAAAGACCAGAUUCAAUAAUGUGUCCGUCUCAGUAUUUUACUGUAAUUUUUAACAAAAGUUACUCAAAAAGUGGAGAAUUUGUUACAGACUAUUGUCAGCUGUGGGUCAAAGCUGCUCUCAUGAGUACUUGUGACAGCAGGAAACUAAAAUAAGUGUGUUUCUGGUUUACUAACAGCUCUGUGGAUCUACGCACACACGACUAGUCAGGAUCAAUUAGUGGCUCGUUUCUGUCUUUUCAUGGGAUUUCUUUCUAUUAGGAAACCUGCAGUCAAGCAAUGUAAUCAAAGGGAUUGUCGAAACUAGUGUUUUUGCAGUAUUUUUUAUUUACUUUCAUAUCGCUGUGCCAUUUGUGAGUCAUAAAGGUGUUGCUAGAAA